ACUUCCCCAAUCCCUAACCUUUCUCCCCUUUUUCAAUUUUCUCUCUCUGCUCCAAACUCCAGAGUCACUGCCCCCGGCGUCACUGCCGCCGACGUCGCUGCGGCGCUGCUGCGUUCUCCCCCAUCGCUGCUCCAUUCACCGCGUCUGUUCUGCGUUCCACUUCGCCGACGCCACUCCGUCAUCGUCUGUCGAGUCUCGCCUCUCCAGUUUAAAGCCGCUUCAGGCACCGCAACUCUUCAGUCUUCAGCCUCUCGAGUCUGUUCGUCCCUGCUGCCUGCUGGGCACCACACCGCUGCUGGCUGCUGCCUCCUGGAGUCUUGAGUGACGAGAACGAGAGAAGAAAAUGAAUAAAGAUAAGAUAUUCAAGCUUGCAAAGGGCUUCAGGGGGAGAGCCAAGAACUGCAUAAGGAUAGCAAGGGAGAGGGUGGAGAAGGCCUUGCAAUAUUCGUAUCGAGAUCGCCGCAACAAAAAGCGUGACAUGAGAUCCCUUUGGAUACAAAGGAUUAAUGCUGGAACCCGCCUUCAUGGUGUCAAUUAUGGAAACUUCAUGCAUGGUCUGAUGAAGGAGAAUAUCCAACUCAACAGAAAGGUUCUGUCAGAAUUGUCCAUGCAUGAGCCAUACAGCUUCAAGGCACUGGUAGAUAUAUCGAAAAAUGCAUUCCCAGGAAACAAGAAUGUGGUAAUUCCUCCAAGAAAGGUGGCUAUCUAGAGGAAUUUGGCAUUUCAGCAAACUGUUAGAGCUAGUAUCUAUGAGAAUCAUAGGAUCUUUUGAGGAUUUUGGGCUUAGUACGCUACAAGUUACUGUGAAAGUUGUAUUCCUUUUGCUCUUGAACCUUCCUAUAUGCUCUUACCUUCGUAUCUUUAUUCAUCUCCCGCAUGCUUGUUUCAGUGUCAAUAAUAUGUAACCUUAAUAACCAAGUUUCUCAUAGUUGAGCUGUUUUGUUUGUUCCUUGA